AACUUCGAGUACAUGGGGACUUCAGUUUGAGUCGAGCUAUUGCUGAAACAUUUCAUUACGAUUACAUCGCCGUGAGUCCAACAUGGAAACGUGUUUGAUUAACGCUGCAAACUCUGCAGUUGCAGCAAAUGGCAAUCCUACGAAUGUCUUUGUAUACUUGAUACAAACGCUUCUAAUGGCGCAAUGUAAUUUGAGUCAUGGUAUCUACCCCCCAGACCGUUCAGAAGAAAUUAUAACUUCUGACAGAGAAUUCGACUUCGUGAUCGUGGGCGGUGGAAGCGCUGGAUCUGUACUAGCAAAUCGUUUAACUGAGAUAGAAGACUGGAAUGUGUUACUGAUCGAAGCUGGUGAGGACCCCUCAAUACUCAGCGAAGCUCCUGCAGCGUUACUCUCGCAGCUACAUACGUCGGAAGAUUAUUCCUACAAUAUCGAACCCGAGAAAUUCGCUUGCCAUGGUUAUAAAAACAAGACGUGCAAAUGGUCAAAAGGCAAGGCUCUCGGCGGUAGUUCUACGCUAAAUGCUAUGCUCUACGUUUACGGCAGUGACGAGGAUUAUAACGAAUGGUCUCGGAUGGGCAACAAGGAUUGGAGUUAUGACCAAGUCUUGCCGUUCUUUAAAAAAUCUCAAAAUUGCGGUCAUGGACACAACGAUAAAUGGAGAAGCAAAUAUUGCGGUCAUGACGGACCGUUGAGAAUCAGGCCUUACAAUUAUAGCCAUCCAGAAGUACAGAAAAUGGUUUUGCACGCCGCUCGCGAAAUGGGCAUGCCUAUUUUGGAUGCCAUCAAUGGUGAUAAAUUUGUUGGAUAUGGCAUAGCUCAAGGAACCUUGGAUAAAGGUCGCAGAGUGAGUGUUUCAAAGGCCUACUUGUCACCAAUCAAAAAUAGAAAAAAUCUGUAUGUAAUGAAAUCUACUCGAGCCGACGCUAUCCUCCUAGAUAAUACUCGAGCAGUUGGAGUACGCGUGACUCUAAAAGAUGGUAGGUCGAUUGACAUAAAAGCUUCGAAGGAGGUAAUCUUAUCAGCUGGUAGCAUCGCUACUCCGCAAAUCUUAAUGCUUUCGGGCAUUGGACCCGAGGCGCAUUUACGUGAAAUGGGAAUAUCUAAGGUCAUUGAUUUACCCGUCGGUAAAAAUCUUCAGGACCAUGUCGCAUGGUUUGGUUUGCAUUUUAUCUUCAAAAACCAAAGCGCAACACCGCCAUCACCUACAUUUAUGCUGGACGCAGCUUACGAGUAUUUAAUGUAUAAUCGGGGACUUCUAGCAAGUGUUAGCUUUGAUCUCAUGGGUUUCGUCAACGUGCACGAUUCGAGCGCCAAGUAUCCCAACAUUCAGUUUAUUUACGCACAUUUACCACAAUGGUACACGGCCAUAGCAACCACUUUUUUUAACGCCUUUAACAUGGAUACGGAUAUUAUUCAAGCAAUAACAGAAAUAUUAGCAGAGGCGGAUAUGCUCUCAUCUAUAGCAAUUUUGCAAAAACCGAAGAGCGUGGGUGAAAUACAGCUGCGUAGCAAAAAUCCAGCGGAUCCUGUUAAGAUUUACGCCAACUAUUUCUCCGAACAGGAAGAUUUCAACACGUUGUUAAAAUCCUUGGACUCUCUGAAAAAGAUGCUCGACACCCAAACAUUCAAACGACACGGGGUGCAGUUGCAUCAUUUGGACAUUCCUGGUUGCCGUCAUACCACACCCGAUUCUGAAGAAUAUUGGAAAUGUAACUUGCAACAUAUGUCGUCUACGCUCUUCCAUCCUGUUGGAACAGCGAAAAUGGGUCCUAAGAGCGAUCCCACAACUGUGGUGGAUCCUCAAUUAAAGGUUCAUGGAAUACAAGGAUUAAGAGUUAUUGAUGCAUCUAUUAUGCCAAAAAUUACCAGUGGAAAUACAAAUGCGCCGACGAUAAUGAUAGCCGAGAAAGGGGCAGAUUUCAUUAAAAAAGAUUGGGCGAUUAUAAAAAAUAAGGACGAGUUGUAGGAAGCAAACAAGCCUUAACACUUGCAUGCAAGUUUUUUUUUAUUUUUUUAUUAAAGAAAUAUGUUCUCGUCUUUUUCUUUCUUAAAAAAAAAAAAAAAAAAAAAAAAAAAAAAAAACUAGAAAAAAAUAAACAGUGUGAGAAUUAAUAAUCUGAAGCUCAGAAAAAUCCGGAUCAUAUUUACAGCCCUAGUUCAAACUGUCCAAAAUAUUGAAAUAUUGUAAUGUUUUUUCUCUUAUUUCGAAAUAUUCGGACAUACAGUACAUGUACGAACCUUUGUCUAAGACCCGAUUAAAACGUUUAUGAUUCUAUUCAUUUAUUAUACAGCGUGUAUCUAAAUUGGGACGAGAUUUUUUAAUAACAAAUUCUUUGUAACAUUUUAAGAAAAAAAUUUUAAUUCGAAAAUGUCGAGGCUAUAAUUUUCAAAUAGAAAGAAUUUAAAGAUCACGAAUAACAGGGCCUACAAUUUUACGCGCUCAGAUAUGGUAGUGAUAAAAGUGCUUUCAAAUACGUUUGACAUUAACAUCUUUGUUUAAUAAAAUAUUGAACAAAUAAGAGUUUCAUUAAGAAACCAAUUCUAUUCAUUCAUAAUAAAUUUGUUAUAAAAACAAUUUAAAAUGUUUUCGUUAAAACUUUAAAAUGUAUGUACUAUGUAUCGACAUCAAUAUUUUUUUUCUUAUAAAAAAUAUUAUUGAACUUGCAAAAAACUAUUAAAAAUUAAAAAAUUUAUUUGAAUUCAAUGUUACACACAACUUUCGUUCACAAUCAGUUUUAACGUUUUCUUCGCGUAUUGUCAAACGCAUUUGAAAGCACCUUUAUCACUACCAUCCCUGAGCGCGUAAAAUUAUAGUCCUGUCAUUCGUAAUCUUUAAACUCUUCCUAUUUAAAAAUUAUUGUAGUCUCGACAUUUUCAUAUUACAAUUUUAUUCUCAAAAUGUUACAAAGAAUUUGUUAUUAAAAAAUCUCGCGCCAGUGUACACCCUGUAUAUAAUAAUUUAAUAUUUGUUAGAUCUUUAUUUUUUGUUUAUGAUAAGCCAUCGGACGUUCUUACGAUAUGGCGCGAUUGUCGGGCGUUUGGCUCGCUCUGUUGUCGAUCUUAGCGAACUUAUGUGUCGACAACACAAUUUGCAGCGUAUCAUUUUCGGUAUCUUUAGUAAGUUGUAAAAAAAGAUACCAAGUGGAUAUCCUCCAAUAAUAAAAUUACUGUACCAAAAAAAUUCAAGUAAUAAUAUCUUUAAUUUUAAUCAAAACGCUUAAAAUGCUUUAUUAUAUACAGAACUAUAUUAUAUGAAUAUAUCGUGAUUUUUGUAAUACGUGUAAAAGCAAACUUAUUUUAUGUUUAAAACGUUUCAAUAAAAUACAUUUAGAAAAUGUUAACAUAUCUUUUUAUAUUAUAUAAAUUACAAAAUUUAAUUAUAAGUUUGAUAUUGUCGGUUCUCAAAGACCGAUGUCGCCUAAACUAAAACUUCAACGUCAGUCUCUAGAGGCCAACGCCGUCUAAACGAAAAGUUCAGUAUCGGUCCAGGGAUCGACGCCAUUUCACAUGUUAAAAGGGCAAUUUUAUCUAGAUAAGCAUUUUGUAGUAUUAGGUAAGAAUUUUAUAAGCAACAUAUUAUUGUAUACAUAUAUUUUUUGAGCUCUACGAAGCUAGCAGAAUCAAAUCAGCAAAAUCGAACGCAACCUAAUGGAAUAUUUAGUAUUUUUUGUACUAUUGUACCACCAAGAUUAAUUUUGUACCCUGUGUCGUUUAAGAAAACAUCGUGGUGUUGAUAACUUAAUAUGAAACUAGCAUGACCACAAAAAAAUAAUUUAAAAUAUUUAAAUAAAGUGGAUAUAAUUAGUAUUGAACAUGUACUAAUUUGUAUCAUUCA